CGCCCGGGCCGCCCCCGGCCGCCGGCCACGCCGCUUGCCGCUUGCCUCUCAGUCGCGUCCGUGACGCGUCGCGGACGAGCAGCAGACGCAGGAGGGAGCGCGCUCCACGUCGCCUGCGCCGCCCAGCGCCACCCCAACGCGGCGCCCUGACACGGACAGGCGCGGCGCACUUAAGAAAACCAUGCCGCGAGUAUGCGAAGGCAUGAAGUUCACAUCCUAAGGAGCGGGGUGCACGCACCGGUCCGCCCCUCCCCGCCGCCCCUCCUCGCCCCGCCCGACCCCGCGGCCCGAUCAGCUGUGACAGACCCCCGCGUCGACGACGGCGGCGCGCCUCCUGACGGCCCCGACGCGGACGCCGCCGCCGCUGCCAACCCCGGCGUCCCUCACAACCCCGCCGCCCUCAAGCCGGCGGGGGCGCCGCGCAAGAGGAUGCAGCUGCCCAGGAUGAAGGACGACCCCAUCACGAACAUGGCGUUCGUGGCCAGCGUCAAGCGCUACCCGGUCCUCUACGACUACACGCUGCCGGGCCACUCCAGCCGGGAGCUGCAGGACGAGGCCUGGCACCGCGUGGCGCUCGAGUGCAGCGACACGGUGGGCAACUGCAAGGAGCGGUGGAAGAACCUGCGCGCCAGCCUGUGCCGCCACCUACGGCAGCAGCAGCAGCAGGCGGGUCACGGCCAGGGCCUCCGGCCCAAGAAGCCCUACUACCUCGCCGAGCACAUGGACUUCGUGGUGCCUUUCACCAAGACCCGGCCGCCCAGCAACGUGAGCAGCAACGGCCUCCUGGACUCUGGCUUCGACCCCAUGGACUACAUUGACGAGGUGAAGCACGAGGUGGACGACGACCAGCCCCCUGGGACCUCCGCGGACGGUGACUCGCGUUCCGUGGAGGACGACACCCUCAUCCAGAACAGCCUCGGAUCGUCCUGGGCAGACCACGGCGACGGACCUGCUGUCCUCCAGGUGAUGGAAGGCACGGUCGGCUCGCUGAACACGUCGCUGAAGAAGCGGAAACGCGACCCCCUGGAGACUUACGCGGACGAGGCGGACCUCAACUUUCUCAAGAGCCUGCUGCCGGACAUGGCGCUCAUGUCGGCGCGUCAAAAGAACUCGUUCAAGAUGGCGGUGCUCACGGCCAUCGAGAAGAUCGUGUACUCGGCGCCAGCCGACAGCGAGGCGGAGGGGUUCCACGGUGCGCCCCAAGCCACCCAGAGCGACACGUCGUGAUCCUGGGGAGUCGCGGCGGCGUUACCGACGUUCCGGCGCUCGCUGACGCGUGGCCGUGGCUCGUAGGACCUUGUGUUCCUCAGGGACAUCAAGAUAAGACAGUCAGUGCCCGGUGACGCCUUUAUCGUAACCAACUACCUCAUUGACUCUUUUUCGUCGCCUUUGUUAUUUUUUUCGUUUUUAUGCGAAACUUGAGACUUGUAAUGAGUAGGGUCGCGAAGUAGUCUUAGUUUUAUUUUUUAUUUUUUAAGAAGUGCUCUGCUACUGCUUGUUUGUUUGUCAUUGACGCAUGACUUGAUAGUGAUCUCAAAUGUUAUUAACUGUCCUCGGAGCGUGUCAACUGGUGUCAGUUUUAAAAUGUUCUUUUUGGCAGCGUCACGGUCACCUGCCGAUUGGGAUGAGGCGGGUGUGUUAUGGCCUGCUCUAAUGCUUUCCGUCCACUCUUGGGACAUGUGAUAUGUUUGCUCAAUGUAUGCAUUUUGCCAUUAUAAUGCGGGUGCUUGUGUUUGUGCAUAAGCGAUGUGGUCCGUUUUUGUUUCUCUUUCUUUUCCUUCUCUUUUCUGUCCUAGGCAAUUUUAUUGUUUUUAUCUUGGACCGCGAAAUGAAUCAUUGUUUCAUUCGGGCAAACUUUAGAUAAGUAAUUAAUAAAAAUUCAGACUGAUUGUAA